ACAGAAACGGAAUUUACUCAACGCGCCCUGCAACUUCAAGUAGUCCGCCAAGAAAUAUGCAACUUCAAGAGCGAUUAUGCAAAAUUGCAAGAAAGAAAAGCCAAUAAACAAAGAGCAGCAAAAUCAAACAGAAACAAGCAUCAUUACAGAGAAUCUGCAAUAACUCAGACGUGGAGAUGGGACCAAAUAUCCCAGAAAACGGUCUGAAUUUCUGGGGCCCAAACAAACUUCAUAGUCACAUGCAAAUGCAAAAAUAUGUCCAGUAACUUAUGUCAACCACAUCCAUACCACUCUGUUCUAUGCUAUUUCUCAGCCAUUAUAAAAACUCUCUGCCAUAACUGAAUUUCACACUCCCAAAAUUCAAUCAAUUCAUCAUGCUCCUCUCUUCAUAUCUUUCUUAUUUCCUCAGAUUUCUUGUGUUAUUCCUGCUUCUAUCUACACUAACUGGUGCAAAAACUCCGCCCAAAAUCGGCAAAGGCUACCGUUUGAUCUCCAUCCAAGAGUCUCCCGACGGCGGCAUCGUCGGCCUCCUUCAAGUCAUUCAGAAAAACAGCAUCUACGGCGCCGACAUUCCACUCUUGCAGCUCUAUGUCAAGCAUGAAACGGACAGUCGUUUGCGGGUUCACAUAACUGAUGCAGAGAAGAAAAGGUGGGAGGUGCCGUACGAUCUUCUACCAAGAGCAACCGUUCCGGCAUUAAAACAAACAGUUGGUGGGCUAAGAAACACUGCAUACAAAGCUGCAGACUAUGCUGGGAGUGAGCUGAUUUUCUCUUACAAAACCGACCCUUUUAGUUUCUCUGUAAAAAGGAAAUCGAGCGGCGACACCCUCUUCGAUACGAGGUCCGAGGAUUCGGACCCUUACAGCGAUCUGGUCUUCAAAGAUCAGUACAUUGAAAUCUCGACAAAGCUGCCUAAAGAUGCCUCCUUGUAUGGUUUGGGAGAGAACACGCAGCCGCAUGGGAUCAAACUCGUUCCAAACGAUCCUUACACUCUGUAUACUACGGAUAUAUCGGCCAUCAAUCUCAAUGCCGAUUUGUAUGGAUCGCACCCCGUCUACAUGGACUUGAGGAAUCUAGGCGGCGGCCCGGCGGCGCACGGCGUUUUGCUGCUGAAUAGCAACGGGAUGGACGUGUUCUAUAGAGGGGAUUCGUUGACGUAUAAAGUAAUUGGGGGUGUUGUUGAUCUUUAUUUCUUCGCCGGAGCGUCGCCGUUGGCGGUGGUUGAUCAGUAUACGGCGUUGAUCGGCCGGCCGGCCGCCAUGCCCUACUGGGCUUUUGGAUUCCAUCAAUGCAGAUGGGGAUACCACAAUCUAUCAGUAGUGGAAGACGUAGUGGAGAGGUACAAGAAGGCGAAAAUCCCACUGGACGUGAUCUGGAACGACGACGACCACAUGGACGGCCACAAAGACUUCACCCUCAACCCGACCAACUAUCCCCGUCCGAAGCUUCUAGAAUUCCUGAACAAGAUCCACGCCCGAGGCAUGAAGUACAUCGUCAUCAUCGACCCCGGCAUCGGCGUCAACACCUCCUACGGCGUCUACAACCGCGGCCUCGCCAACGACGUCUUCAUCAAGUACCAGGGCAAGCCCUUCCUCGCUCAGGUCUGGCCGGGCCCCGUCAACUUCCCCGACUUCCUCAAUCCCAUCACCGCCCGGUGGUGGGCCCACGAGAUCCGCCGCUUCCACCACCUCGUUCCCGUCGACGGCCUCUGGAUAGACAUGAACGAAGCUUCCAAUUUCUGCAACGGCCUCUGCAAGAUUCCCGUCGGGAGGAUCUGUCCCAACGGAACGGGCCCCGGCUGGAUUUGCUGCCUCGAUUGCAAGAACGUGACGGCCACCAAAUGGGACGAUCCGCCCUAUAAGAUCAAUGCCUCUGGCACGCAGGUUCCCAUAGGGUAUAAAACUAUAGCUACCAGUGCUUAUCAUUACAAUGGGGUGUUGGAGUAUGACGCGCACAGCCUUUAUGGCUUUUCGCAAACAAUUGCCACUCAUAGGGGGCUACGGGCGCUUGAAGGCAAGCGCCCGUUUAUCCUGUCCAGGUCAACGUACGUGGGGUCCGGCCACUACGCUGCCCACUGGACAGGGGACAAUAAGGGUACUUGGGCUGACCUCAAGUACUCCAUUUCCACAAUGUUGAAUUUUGGCAUCUUUGGUGUUCCCAUGGUCGGGGCGGAUAUAUGCGGCUUCUACCCCGCCCCGACCGAGGAGCUCUGUAACCGUUGGAUCGAGCUCGGGGCGUUUUACCCUUUUUCUCGGGAUCACGCCAAUUUCUACUCGCCGAGGCAGGAGCUGUACCAGUGGAAAUCCGUGGCGGUUUCCGCUCGGAACGCUCUAGGUAUGAGGUACAAACUCCUUCCGUAUAUCUACACAUUGAGCUACGAGGCUCACACGACGGGCGCCCCGAUCGCGAGGCCGCUGUUCUUCGCGUUCCCGAACGAGACGAGAGUGUACGGGGUGAGCACGCAGUUCUUGCUCGGGGGCGGCUUGAUGGUGUCCCCUGUUUUGGACAAGAAAAAGACUAAGGUGCAUGCUCUGUUCCCGCCCGGCACGUGGUACAACGUUUUCGAUAUGACUAAGGUUAUCGUGUCGAGAGCAUCGCAUUACCGCUCUCUCGACGCGCCCCUGCACGUGAUCAAUGUGCACUUGUACCAGAACGUGAUUAUACCGAUGCAGAGAGGCGGGUUGAUCUCCAAGGAGGCGCGAGCCACGCCUUUUACCCUCGUGGUCGCUCUCCCCUUGGGGGCCGACGAGGGGGUGGCUCGAGGGAAUCUCUUCGUGGACAACGACGAGAUUCCCGAGAUGGAACUUGGGAAUGGCCAUUCCACAUAUAUUGAAUUCUAUGCGAAAGUGAGUGAGGGGACUGUGAAGGUGUGGUCGGAUGUUCAAGACAGCAAAUUUGCGCUACAGAAAGGAUGGAUUGUUGAGAAAGUGAUCGUUUUGGGACUAAAAGGGAUUGGCAAAGCAGUCGCAAUCCAAGUUGAUGGAAAUGCAGUUGUUGAUGAUUCCAAGAUUCAAAUAAGCUCAAUUGAACAUGAAAUUAUAGACAAAAAAAUUGAAGAUGAGAUGAAGAAUGUGAUGGUGGAGGUUAAAGGGUUGGGGUUGCCUAUUGGAAAGAAGUUUGUUUUGUCGUGGAAGAUGGGAAUCUAAGCAUGAAAAAGAUCAUUAUUAUUGUUCGUUUUUAUUUUAAUGUUGUUGUGAACGAUGAGGAGAUGGCAUGGAAGGGUUUGUUCAUCCCUCUUCAUUCAAACAUGCAGGAGUGAGUUUUAUUUUGUUGUUGCAGAAUCUUGAGAGAGCAACGAUGUUUGUUUGUUGAAUAUAUAAUUGUACCUUAAAUAUUUCUGGGCAA